UUAAUCUAUUAGGUCUAUUAGCAAUACUAAUAAAAUAUUUUGUCCAUCAGAACUGGCGGGUGACACGCCUCAUACAGUUCGAUGUAACACAAAAGAAAUAAACACACAGGUUAAUGUUUUGUCCAUCAGAACUGGCGGGUGACACGCCUCAUACAGUUCGAUGUAAUACUUGUACAGGAUAUGGAAUAGGACAGGGAAACACUGAACGGCAGCUAUUGGCAUCCAUUGAAGACAUUGUGGAAGAGUCUCUGCCUAAUAAAAAACUAGCUGACCAUUUCCAAGACCCUGAGGCAGCCAAACUUUGCAUCCUUAACAAAAUAGCAUUUUGUGAGACACGACAAAAGUACUAUCAGGAAAUGAUGGAAAGUGGGAUUUUUGUCCGUGACUUUGGCACCAGACUUGAAGAAAUUAACUUGACAAAUUCAGGAGUCAGCAAGGAGCUUGAAUUACAGAUGAAAUUCUGGAAAGAGAAACAACAAGAUAUUGAAAGUCAAUUCAAACAUCUCUACAGGCCUAUGCAGUCAAACAAAGGCCAAAACGUUAAGGGGAAGAAGUCAAAGAAAGUGGAUCACACCAACAAACAACUAAGUUACUAUGCAGGCAAAUUGACAAAGGAAUUUUUAAUCAAGGUGUGUUCACUGUGGAAAGAAAUUGCAUAUGUUACGAGGGACAGAGAGUUCAAGGAAGAUGAGGAACAUCUUAUCGAUAUUUUUGAUGUAAAGGUUUGUGAUACCUAUUCUUUUGAUUGAAGACUGCUCACUUUAAAAGAAACUUCUUGAUAUAUGUAUAUGUAUAUAGAUAAACAAAAUUCAUUUAUAUAUAUCUAUAUCUAUAUGCUCAAACUGGAUUACAUGUAGGUGAAUCUUUGCUUAUGUCAUUGAUUACAUUUUUCCUCA